GGCAUGUCAGAAGGCCGGAUUGUCACCCAGCACGCCGCCGCUGCGAACUCAAAUCGCGAACGCACUGAGCCACAGCAAGUUCGUAAAGGGUCUACCGCGUUGCGAAGACUACAACGCGAUCGAGUACGCGCGCGAGGAGUUGGCAGCCUUGCAAAAAACACGCUCUCAGGGCAAGUUUUCGACACGAACGAACUCAAUCGACGCGUUCAGGCCACGCGACGCACUCAUUCGACGCCUUCACGCCACGCGACGAUGCUCGACGGCCAAACACAGCUAACCGCGAUGUUCGGCGCGCCCGAACGCAAGGCUCCGCAGCCGCCGGCGCCGGUCGUCACGCCUCCGGGUUCGCGCAGCAAGCGCAAGUGGGCGCCCGCCAACGCCAUCCCGCCGCUCGCGCUGCCGCCGCUGAAGUCGCCCAAGAAGGCCGUCCCGCCGGGCUGGAUGCGUUACGGCCUCGCGCCCGCGCUCCGCCGCUGCGACGAGUGCGGCGACGACGUCGUCGGUGCCUUUCGGCGUCCUGACGGCGACUUCUCCUUCAGGAAGCCGCCGGACCAUGUAUCGCUCGCGUACGUAGCGCUUCCCACCGGCACGCCAUCGCCGCGAGGCGCCACGACACCGGACUCCGACGCGUCGAUGGCGUACAGGCGUGAACCGCGCCGACAUCUGCCGCGGCAAGCGCGGCUGUCAGGCGCUCGUCUGCGACGCGUGCUACGUCCAGAGCCGCCGCGGCCAGCUCCGCGCCAUCGCGCCGCGCCUCCGCGACGCCCUCACGACGACGCGCGGCCGCGACGUCUUCGUCGAGGCGGGCCUCGUCGACGAGGAGUGGUCGUCGGGCCGCGUCUGCGAGCCGUGCCUCGCCCGCCUCGAGGCGCGCCUCGACGAGUUCGAGGACACGCCGUGUCCCACUCCCCGGGCGGAGUGAGUGAGCUCCCCUCUGACCCCCUCCUCCGGCAUAAGCUGCCUACUGUGUGAA